UAAUAAUUUAAAAGUGGGAUCAAUGGACCAUACAGCAUUAGUCAGUGAGUGAGGGCACGAGGAUGCUCUUAAAUUUCUGGGUUCUUUAUGUGAUAUAUUUUCAUGAAUCCUGUAAGGUUAAGGUUAACAGUGAUGUGUGUGGACAGUAUGAGCUAGGAUUAACAUUCAACAAAUCCCAACUUCCCGAGGAUACUCUCAUUCUCUAGCAUCCAUUUGCCCAAGUUGUGUUUGACAAAUUGAAUUAAUGAAGCAGCCUUUGCAGUCAUGGUCACCUGCAAUUUUCUGGCCUUUUCUUUUUCUGGCUGCUUCUUGUUACUGUCUGAGCAAUACAACUACAGAUCAAGAGAAAGACAAGAUAUCACAUUUGCCGGGGCAGCCGGAAAAUGUUGACUUCUUGCAAUACUCCGGCUAUGUGACAGUGAAUGAGCAAGCUGGGAGGGCACUGUUUUACUGGUUAGUCGAGUCUCCAGCAAGCCGGGGCAAUCCUGAGGAGAAGCCACUCCUUCUGUGGCUCAAUGGAGGGCCAGGAUGCUCUUCUGUGGCUUAUGGUGCAGCUGAGGAAAUUGGUCCUUUCCACAUCAAUGCUGAUGGGAAGUCUCUCUACCUCAAUCCUUAUUCUUGGAAUAAUUUGGCAAACCUUCUUUUUCUUGAGUCACCAGCUGGUGUUGGAUUCUCAUACUCAAAUACAACAUCUGAUUUGUAUACAGCUGGGGAUCAGAGAACAGCCGAGGAUGCAUAUAUAUUUCUCGUCAGUUGGCUUGAAAGAUUUCCUCAAUACAAACAUAGAGACUUCUAUAUCUCUGGAGAAAGUUAUGCAGGGCACUAUGUUCCACAACUAUCUCAAAUUAUCUACCGCAGAAACAAGGGAAUCAAGAAUCCUAUUAUUAACUUCAAGGGCUUCUUGGUUGGGAAUGCCGUCACCGAUGAUUACCAUGACUAUGUUGGCACGUUUGAGUAUUGGUGGACACAUGGUUUGAUUUCGGACUCUACGUACAAGUUCCUUCAGAUUGCAUGUGACUUGGGAUCAUCUGAGCAUCCUUCAAGUGAUUGUGUCAAAGCUCUUGAUAUUGCAGAGGAAGAGCAGGGAAGGAUUGACCCCUAUAGCAUAUACACUCCUCCCUGCCCUUAUACUACAUCCCUUUCUCGCCCCUUAAGGGCCCGUCACCCGUGGAUAUCCCGAGCAUAUGAUCCAUGCACAGAGAUUUAUUCUCAAAUUUAUUUCAAUCUCCCAGAAGUGCAGGAGGCGUUUCAUGCCAAUAUAACUCAAGUUCCCUACAAAUGGGAAACAUGCAGUGAUAUAGUUGGUGUUUACUGGGCAGAUUCUCCUCUGUCUAUGCUUCCUAUUUAUCAGGAACUCAUAGCCGCUGGUCUCAGGAUAUGGGUUUUUAGCGGGGAUACUGAUUCAGUGGUCCCUUUAACUGCAACCCGGUAUUCAAUUGAUGCUUUGAAUCUUUCAACUAUCACCAACUGGCAUCCUUGGUAUGACAAUCAAAAGAUUGGAGGGUGGAGUCAAGUGUAUGAUGGGCUAACACUUGUGACGGUCACUGGAGCGGGGCAUGAGGUGCCGCUACAUCGUCCUCGAGAAGCAUUUGUUCUUUUGAGAUCAUAUCUGGAGAACAAGCCGAUGCCGUCCCUGUCCAAGCUCUUAUCUUCUUCAAGCUAGGGUAGAUAGCCAGCCAUACAUUACAAGAAGCUGCCUUGUUUGUUAUUCCUGUAAGAAACAUAAUAAGAGAAGAAUCAUCUUGCUUUCACUCUCAUAUGCCAUUUUCAACUUGUACAAUUAGAUUAUUGCUACGUUUGGUAGAAUAAGUGAGCAUACGAAGUUUUUGUACUCAUCUGUCACUUCUUACCACUUUGUUUAGAUUUAUCAAGUUAAACAAUCUAUUCUUUCAAAAAUCACCGCGAAAAAAGAACUCUCAUUUCGUCUGAUCUCGAA